GGUGCCGGCCCCGGCGGCCCCGGGCGCCCCGCGGCGCGGCUCCCUCCAAUCGCGGGCCCGGGGCGGGGCCCAGCGGUGACAUUGAGCGGCGCCCAGCGGGACCGAGGCAGCGCCAUGUGGGGCCGCGCCGAUAGGGCUGUUAAACUGCUGGGAAGAAACAUUCCCUUGGUUCUGAGGAUGACUGAGGGAGUAGACCUGCAGAUAAGCAGAAGGCUGUGUGUUAAACCCCGGCAAGACCUUCAGACAAAGAGUCGAUCUGCUUCGGGAGUGCCUGGACACAGGCCUACACCCUGGGAGAGAAGGUGUUUGUUGUGGGCAGGCCAUUACAAAAAGCCAGAGGAUAUUCCAGAGACUGUCUCGCUUGACACAGUGAGAGCAGCACAGACCACCCUGCGUGUGAAGUUCAGCUAUGUCAUGAUUGCCUUGACAAUAGUGGGAUGCAUCACCAUGGUGAUCAGAGGGAAGCAGCUGACAGAACUGUGCCUUGGCUAUGAAAAGACAUGAAUCCCUUACAAGCAUAAACCUGGAGAAGAAAGCCAAGUUGAGAGAAGAAAGUGCAUCCGCUAAACCAUAGAGGAGGAAAUGAAGAGAUCAAGGACUGGGGUAGAAAAGCAAAGACCCUUUCAGCGCUGACAGGAGGAUAUCAUCACAUCUGUCCUGUAUAUUAGUUCUGUACACCCAUGUCCAAGAAAGAAUGAAUAUGCUGUUCUGUAGUCAAUAAAACCAGAAAUACCUA